CAGAGACAGAGACAGACAGAGAUACGAGAGAGGGUGCCGUUCUGCGGAGCAUAGAGAUAGCGCGUUUUAUUUAUGCAUUCCUUCGCACCAUUAAAGAAGAGGAGAGGUUAAUUUAUCGUUUCUUUUGUAAUUUCAUACUCCUUAUAACUCCCCCAUUCCCCAUAUUUUACUAUAUUUUUUUUUAGCAGCGGAACGACAGAAUUGUGGUCUAGAGCAGGUGUUUGAGAAAGAGACAAGAAAGAGACAAGAAAGAGACCCCAGCAGGCCGCUCCUCUCUCGUCUUUAAAGGGGAAAUGUCGAGCGAGAAACCGGCUACUGCACCUCCACUCUCACAUCCAGACAGAUCCGCUCCUCCCCCGGGCCCCGGUCAGCCGCAGGUCGUCACGGGCGCUGGUUCGGCUCCCAUCGGGGACAGGAUGGUCUCUGGAUCCGGUUCUAUGGUGCUCCAGGCCGGGGUCAUCAACCCCGCCGUGCCAAUCAGGAAUAUCCAAAUGAAAUUCGCAGUGCUGGUGGGUCUCAUUCAGGUUGGAGAGGUUAGCAACCGGGACAUCGUCGAAACGGUUCUCAACCUGCUGGUGGGGGGUGAGUUUGACCUCGAGAUGAACUUCAUCAUUCAGGACAGUGAGAGUAUCGGCUGUAUGGUCGACCUGCUGUCUCACUGCGAAGUCACCUGCCAGGCUGAGGUGUGGUCCAUGUUCACAGCCAUCCUGAGGAAGAGUGUGAGGAACCUUCAGACCAGCACAGAGGUGGGCCUCAUACAACAGGUCUUGUCCAAGCUGAGCUCUGUGGAUGACAUGAUCGCAGAUCUGCUAGUGGAUAUGCUGGGGGUGAUGGCCAGCUACAGUAUAACAGUGAAGGAGCUGAAACUUCUCUUCAGUAUGCUGAGGGGAGACAACGGUAUCUGGCCUAGACAUUCUAUCAAGUUGUUGUCUGUGUUGAACCUGAUGCCUCAGAGACACGGUCCAGACACCUUCUUCAACUUCCCUGGUCGCAGUGCAGCGGCCAUAGCGUUGCCUCCCAUCGCUAAGUGGCCUUACCAGAACGGCUUCACUCUCAACACCUGGUUCAGACAAGAUCCCCUCAACAACAUCAAUGUAGACAAGGACAAACCAUACCUCUACUGGUGA